UACAUACUGACAAAAAUUUUAUCUACUGUAUAUUACACCAAACUAUUAAAUUAAUAACAUGUAUAAGAUCUAUGGUUGUAAUUUAAAACACAUAUUCGUCUUUCAUGCAAAAUAUAAAGCACUCGGAUGGCCUUUCGACAAUGCAAAUUUUCUGUCUUCCAUAAGGAAAUGUUAAAGAUGCUUAGGUUUGAAAACAUUCGUGUGGAAGAAGUACUAAAUGAGUUGCACAAAGCUGUUCAGGAUGCUUUAGUGCAGGAAACAGAUGCUUCUUCUGAUGUCUUGCAGAGCAUUUUAUUGACGCUGCUAUCUCUAAUUGACACUGUGAAGCGCAUAGAAGAUGUUAAUAAGCUGUUUUCUAAUCGAAUUUAUGAAGCAUUAAAAUUGAUGGAAGAGAUAAGGAACGGGAAGAAGAUUGUUGAGAGCCUUGGGUCAGGGAAAGCAUGCUGUCAAUGCUUUACAAUGGCUCCCCCUCGCAGUAGGGAACUCAAAAACCUGUUACGUUCACUUGAAAUGUUAUCUGCUCUUGUACAAGAGCAGGAAACAAGUUCUGCAUUGAACAUUCAGGAAACUCUGCAUUGCGAAUGCUUCCCUGAGAUUAAACCGGACACCGAUGAUGAAGAGGAAAUCAUGUAUACUAAACUACUGCCAGAGCAUAUUGUUGGAUUCGAUUUGUUCCUUACUGAGCUAAAGCAGGAGUUGUUCAAAGAUGAACACUCAGUUGUUAUAUUGUCAGCGCCCGGAGGAUAUGGAAAAACAACAUUGGCUAAAUUGCUCUGUCGGGACAAACAAGUUAAAGACAAAUUCCGGAACAAUGUAUUCUUUGUUACCGUCAGCAAGAUGGGAAACCUAAAGGUUAUCAUCAAGCAAGUCCUUCAGCAGAAGCGUUAUCAGGUACCCAAGUUUGAGAGCGAUGAACAGGCAAUUAACUACUUGGAGGAAAAACUACUGCAGCUAAGACAUAAUCCUAUAUUGUUGGUUCUAGAUGAUGUUUGGUCUGGAUCAGAAGUCAUCAUUGAGAAACUCAAGUUCCAAAUGGGCAAUUACAAGAUUUUAGUGACAUCAAGAUCCGAGUUUUCAAGCUUAGGUUUUACAUAUAAAUUGCCAACUCUGAAAAAAGAAGAUGCUGAGGCACUUUUUCAGCGAUCAGCAUUCCCACUUAAUGAAUACUCUGAAAAGGAAUUAGAGGGAAUUUCUGCACUUGGUAGAUACAGUCGUCGAUAUGACUAUCAUGAUGAUCCAUAUGAAUAUCCACAACAUCUGAAAUCUUCCGCAUAUGAUAAACGUAGUCAAUAUGCCUAUCAUGAUUAUCCAUAUGAACACCUACAAUAUAAGGAAAUGAUGAGACCGUCCGCAUAUGAUAAACACAACCAAUAUGAGUAUCGUGAUCGUCGAUAUAAAUAUCCUCAACAUCAAGAAUUGGAGGAAUCUUUCGCGCACGAUGGAUUCAGUCAAUAUGCCUAUCUUGAUCAUCCGUAUAAAUAUCUACAAGAUAAGUUGCAAGUAGUGGAGGCCUGUAAUGGACUUCCGCUGGCCCUCACAGUGGUUGGUAAAUCACUCUGCAAACAGCCUAAAGCAGUAUGCAGCAAUAGAGGGAUAAUGAAGGAAUGCACUGAAGCUGGUUCAGUUGUCAACCUGAUUCCUGAUCCGCUUAAUUGUAUUAGAAGUUGUUUGGAAUCUUUGGAAGAUAAAACCAAGGAGUGUUACCUGGAUCUAGGUUCUUUUCCUGAAGGCCAGUUGAUUCCUGUCACUGCCCUCAUUGAUAUGUGGGCGGAAUUGUACGACUUAGAUGAAGAUGGCAUUUACAUUUCCAUACUCAACAAACUUACUGCCUUAGAUCUCGUUAAUACUGUUAUGAGGAAAUAUGCAAGCGAUGGCGAUGGCUGCUAUAGUGGCCACUUUGUCAUGCAACAUGAUGUGCUUAGAGAAUUGGUUAUUGAUCUUAAUAAAUCUGAACCUGUGCGAAAGAGGAAAAGGCUUGUUCUGGAAAUCAGUGGAAAUGAAUUUCCUGAAGAGUGGACAGAACAAACUGAAGAAACCAAAAGUCACGUUUUGUCGGUCUCCACAGAUGAAUCAUUCAUAUCAGGUUGGAGCGAUAUGCAAGUCCCUGAAGUCAAGGUUCUGGUCCUGAAUUUGCAGUCCACGACCUAUGACUUACCAGAGUUCUUGAAGACAGCGAAAGAGCUAAGAGCUUUGAUAGUCACGAGUUAUGGUUUUCUGCCCGUUGAAAUAACAAAUUUUCAGAUUCUUCAAUGCCUAACCAAUCUAAAGAGGAUCAGACUGGAGCAGGUGUUGGUUUCCUCACUUGGCUUUGAGACUGGACAAUUACUGUGUUUGCAGAAACUUUCACUAGUUAGGUGUGAUAUUGGUCAAGCUUUUAGCAACAUUUCAGAUGCCAUCCCAAAUCUAGCAGAGAUCACAAUUGAUUAUUGCAAUGAUCUGGCGGCAUUCCUUUCUGCAGUCUGCGGUAUUAUCCGUCUAAAGAAACUUAGCAUCACCUACUGUAAGGAUCUGUCUGUGCUGCCUCAGGAAUUUGCAAAGUUGGUAAACUUGGAAGUGCUGAGGCUUCGUUCUUGUAAGAGAUUGCGACAGUUGCCAGGCUUGAUUGGGAGCGUUCAGAAGUUGAGCAUUCUUGAUAUUUCCUACUGCUCUUGUGUUGGGAAAUUACCUGAAGAAAUUGGUGAAUUGAUUAACCUAAGCAAGCUCUACAUGACAGCAUGCCCAGUUACAAAAUUGCCGGACUCGAUGAGAAAUCUUGAGCACUUGAAAUUUGCAGAAUGCGACAACCAGGUAGCCCAACUGUUGAAAUCUUUUAGACUUCCAAACCUGAUCAUAAAGAUAAAAUACUGAUCAUGGGCUCUUCAUCCGGCUGUGAGCAUCGAUCCUUUUGCUAAGGUUUUUAUUGUCUGAAACAGGAGAUUGGACGACUAUCUUAUAGAUUUAGAGUGUCUUUGGAAUUGCUGUUCGGUGAUUAAAAAACAGAUUUGAAUUUUUUUUUUUAAUUUAAUACAUAAUUCUUUUUAAUUUUUUAUAAA